CAUAAACCUCCAUCUUUGUUUCUCACCAAACUCUGUAUUCUGGUUCUUAACUUUCCACUAGUAGAAUCAUUCUAACUUGAUAACAAAGCCAGCAACCAUCCAAUAUAAUAUACCAACUCCACUUCGAAGUUUUGUAUUUCCUCAACCACCACGUCUCCUCUCUCCUUCCUACUCCUCUCCUUUGUUACUGUUGAUAAGCAAUGAGAGACCGAAUGGAGAGGCUCGUCGUUCUUCCCUUCACUGCAGGCUGUGUGUCUUAUGCCAGUGUGGCUGUGAGUGAGCAGCAGCCUAGAAGAUCAAAACCUGACACAAACUCAUCUACCAUCAGAGCACAAGAGGAAGAUCAAGAAAGCUUCUCCGAUAGCAUGAAGAACUCAUUCAGGCUCCUGGCCCUCCCAAAGCCAAACAUCUCCACCGGUUUCCAUAGACUGGUGAAGGGUUUCAAGAACUUCUCUCAAUUCUUUGUCCCUAAGGAAGACAUGGAAGACUCGGACGAGGAGAUGCAGAUAGGUUUUCCAACCGAUGUGAAGCACGUUACACACAUAGGAUGGGAUGGUUCUGCAACUACAAACCCUAUAAAGGGCUGGGACAACCUCAUUCCACCAGAGUUGCUGUCUCUCCCUGCUGUUUCCCUGAGGCAGUUUUAGUCUUCCAGGGCUGCACAUGUUGAUGCUCCUCUUGUUUCGGGUUCCUCCUAGCUUGGUUAGCGAUUCUGUGAUUGUGAGAUGUUGAAAAUGGUUUGUCUUUUCGAUCCAACGAUGUUGUCUGUGCUGAUACUAGUAGGUUCGUAUGUACAUAAAAUAAAGACAUUUUUACUCAUAGACUGACAAUGCCUUCAAACAUAUGCAUGCUAUAGAUACCGAAAACUUUUGAAGGAAUAAAUAGGAGGAUGAC